GCAGCAUCAGCGGUCAAUUAGAGGGGGGUUGGCAAACAAUGCAUGGCAACCCAGGUUGUGCGCACAUAUCACAUGACGUAUACCGCACCUCAAUUACUCUCUACCACAAGUGGCAUACAAGGCAACUCCCUCUACUCCCCUGUUCACUACACAAGAUAACAAGCAAUGGCACCACCCAAGAAACGAACUACAGCUAUUGAGCCCGCCGCGAACUUCUUCCAGCGGGGAAAGAAGCUGUCGACAGUGCAGCGCGUCGUGGCCGCCAAAAAGGCAACCACUCCCAGUUUGCACUCGGUAACUUCUCCGACAAUGGCAACAGAAGAGCAUCAGGACGCAAAGAAGGACAAGGAGGAAGCUCCCGACGAGAUCGAUGAGACAGAGUACUCGGAUGAGGAAAAGGCGUCACUGCACAGCGAUCAGGGUGAAGAUGAGGCUCAUUCAGAGGAAGAGGAAGAGGAAGAGGAUGAGGUUCAGUCGGACGACUCUGAUGCUGUUGAGGCGGACUUGCGAAAGAUAGAGAAGGCGAAGGUCCUGGAGGAGAGAAUCACGACGACGAAGAAGGGCUCUGAGAUCCAAAAGCAAUCCGUAAAUGGGACUGCGUCGCUUACCGGCCAGAAAAAGACGACCAAAAGCACAAACGCUGUGUCAUACGUUGCUCCAUAUAUUGGCGAUAUCUAUGCUGGAUUCCACCAAGCAAACCUUUUGGGCGCGGAGAAAGUGCUUCGUCAGUUUGAUCUUACUUCCAAAUACGGUCCUUGCACAGAACUGACGAGACUUGAGCGCUGGGAACGUGCCCUUGAGCUGGGACUGGACCCCCCACAGGAUGUCAAGGAUAUGAUUGUUGCGCAUAUGGCCCUCAACACUCCGGUCUACGAAGGACGUGUUUAGGCGCGCAUGAUGACUGAACUACACGUUGGGGUAGACCCUUCGUAUUUUUUUCCUCUUCAAUUUGCACUGCACCCGACUCCGAGGCCUCUUUAUCAUUUUCUCUCUUAUGUAGUGCUUUAGUGGACGUUAUCAAUAAAAUGUAUCCGAUGGAUUACGCUUU